UGGUGGUUCUGCUCGAUCCAUGACAUUAGCGUGCCUCAUCUCGUAAAUCCAUUACACUAACGUGCCAAAAGGACAGCGGUGGUUCUGCUCGCCCUUAUUUGAAUUACGGAAGGAGUAUGCAGCAGAAGCAGACACAGUAACCCAUUCAUUCAUUCCAUUUCACAGCCAAUGCAAAAACUACAACUCAAAGAGAAGAAGAAGUGAUAUCACAUGGAUUCCAUUUCUAACCUUCCGCUUCUCGAGAUCGCAGGCGAAGACGAUUCGUUGCUGUUCGAUGUUUCGGCAGCGUCCACCGACGUUUUCUCUUGCUCCCCUCUCCUUUCCCUCGGAUCAAAUCCUCCUCAAUCCGAAGGAAGAGAAGGUGGCGGUGGUGCGGAUUCUGCAACUCCGAGUUCCUCGCUCGGUGAGAAUGCGAACGAAGAGAACGCGGAUUGGAACAAACCACAGAAGCUUAGCUUGGAGACUCAGAAGAUGAAGAGGAAGAAGAGAGGAGGCGGUUACAACUUGCGCAAGAGUUUGGCGUGGGAUCUAGCUUUCUUCACCGAACAAGGUAUUUUGAAUGCAGUGGAGCUUUCUAUGAUUAGUGGCACUGUCUCUACUAAGUCAGGGUUGAAUCAGGAAGCUAUCCAAAAAGAAGAGCCAGUUGGCACUUCGAUAGAGUUGCAGGAAAUUGAAGAGAAUUUGUUUAUGCAUUCAUCAGAUGCUCUUCCCGUUAAAGAUAGCAAAAUUGGCUUAUCUCCGAAGCCUGGUGCAUUGGCUAAAGCUUCUCCGGCCCCGGUUUCCUUGGCAAAGAGGAAAGUGCUUACUGUCAAUGAUACUACAGUUGGGAAUAGAGCAAAACGCAAUGCUUGUCCGUGGUUGCCAGUAGCUUCGUCCUCACUAAAAAGACUUGACACAAAGGCACCGAGUAAAGAAUUGAAAGUCAAUAGGAUACCUGGUCCAAAAUUAAAUGUGUCUGCUACUGCAACAGCUGCUAGGAGUGGAAUGUUGACCUCAGGUUCCUCAAAGAGUAAUCAGAAUGGUCGUCCUAUUCCUGCCACUAAUGUGCAGAGGCAUGCUGGAGUAAAAGGCCUAUCAAAAAAUCCUAAAAUUGCUCCAAGUAACCCAAAAGUUGGCCUGGCUGACAAAUGUUCAGUUACUAGAUCACUUGCCAAGCCGGCUGUGAAACAUUUGGAUAACUCAGUUUCAGAAACGCAUACAAGAUGGAGGAUAAAUUAUUCAUCCUGCCUUCAUUUUUCGAUCUUUGAGAGAGCUCGAGAAAGGUCUCAAAUGAGCCAGGCUGGGUUGUUUCCUUCCCUUCCUAGACCUCGUGGUGGAAGACUUGGUAAUCCUCCCCGUGGUCGGGUUGCUCGUGGUGAUCGAGGAGGAGGCCCUCCCGCUCCUGGUCCAGAAUCAUGA